AUGCGGUUCAGCGUGGUUUUUAUCGGGUUACUCCUUCUUUUGGAAGUAUCUGCGAGACAAAAUGAAGAGCGCAACUAUGGAUCAUUUGGGAGACGCCCAUCUACUCAUCUUAGAUCGCCUCAGAAUAAUCGGCCGUCUUAUGCGACAGUCCCGAAUAAUCCAUCGCUGGAUAGAAGAAUUAGAAAUAGAAGAAUAAGUUUCAGAAGAAUUAAAUCAUGGCUCGAUCCCAGGCACGGUGUUCUCUUCAACCUAGAUACACCAGUUUAUUCGGUCAGAAAUACUAACAGGGCACUUCACCCUGAGAUUGAAGAAUACCCAAAUGUGUUCCGUCACGUGAUAUCAAAUUUGUAUGAAGAUAUUGCGAGUGCUUCAGUACCAGAAAUAAUCAAACGCAAUUAUUACAGGGCUUUGACUAAUAAUAUUCGAAGACCUGUACCUCCUCGUUUUCGGCGUCCACAAAUAUAUGUUCCAAAGACAAUCCCAUUCAAUAGAAACGGACGUUUAAAUAUAGUAUCUAUUACCAAUAAUAGUUUUGAUAGUUCAUUUACAUCAUCGCCUCGACCAAAACUAGUAACCCCAUCAAUAAUUCAUCCCGAAGUAUUGGUAAUCGUUGACUACGCGCUGUACAAAAAAUUUCACCGAAGUGUUUGGGAAUUAGUUAAUUACUUAAUGGGAUUUUGGAACGGCGUUGAUUUCAGAUUUCGAGAUUUUAACCACCCUCAUGUUAGAUUGAGUAUAGUUGGUAUUCUUAUUGCUGAGGAUGAAAAAGCUCUAAAUUACAUCUACAGAAAUCGUGAGGGUCGUGAUGCUGUGAACGGUAAUAAAUUAGUGAACGAUAAACGAUCAUGGUUGUAUGAACAAAGAGCCAAGUUUCCAUUUACAAGUUAUGAUAUUUCAAUUACAAUGACUGGGCUCAAAACCGAUAUGAAAGGCUUGGCCAGUAUAGCAGCAGCUUGUCGAGUAAAUCAUGAUACUAAAGUCGUAUACCAAACAGGAUUUGUUAGCGAUUAUGGUGGCUACGAUGCUAUCAUGGCGGCUGCUCAUGAAAUCGGUCAUUUAUUAGGAAUGACUCAUGAUAACAAAAAAGACGGUAAGUGUGGCUUCGACGAUGGCUACAUCAUGGCUCCGAUAUUGAAAUCCAAAAAUACAUCAUGGAGCUGGUCACCUUGUUCGCAUUCGGAUUUCGACAAUUUUAUCAGCUGGGAAAAUAAGACCUGCUUGUACAACAAACCCAGAACCAAUGGAGUAUUACCAAGACUACUGCCCGGAAAAUUGUUAGACGGCGAUGAACAGUGCAAAAGAGCGGGAUUCCUUAAAGCUGUACUUGACGAAAAAACGUGUCUUAAAUUAGAGUGCGUUGUGGAAAGUGGUGAACUUGAAGUUCAUCGUAUUUCUUCAGAUGGAGCUGCUGACGGGACUACUUGUGGCGAAGGAAAAAUUUGCCUUCGUGGACUUUGUCGACUGGAAAGAUCUCCGUUUGGAGAGCAUAUAAAAAUGUGGCUCAAUCCCGUUGACGGAAUAUUGGCAGGGGAAGAUUUGCCAAUUUAUACGCUUUCGAGUGAUCCUAAUAAUAGGAGCAAAGUUAAAACGGAAAAACAUGUUGGAUAUAUGAAAUACGCACUUUCAAAAUUAUAUGAAAACACACUGCACGCUACGACAUUAGCGAUUAAUUAUCAUCCAGACGGAAAAAAAAGCAUGACAGGUUUCAUAGGAAACUCCUACAUUCGUCCGGUACUGUCCGAAAUGAUAAACCAGGUAAAGAGGUACCGCAGAGCUUUAAACGAUACUGAUCAUCUUGAUAACAAGAUUUACCACAUAAUUCAAAAGAUACCUGAGUCCGAGCUCAAGAAAGAGUUACCAUUGAAAAUAAUAAAAUCAAGGUCCAGAAGGUCUUACCCAACAGUCCUUUAUCCAGAAGUACUAGUUAUCGUCGACUACAGCCUGAAUCGCAAAUUCGGGGGCAAUAUAAAGGAAAUCCUUGUCUAUCUAUUGUCGUACUGGAAUGGCGUCGACAUGCGAUUCCGAGGGAUUGAAAACCCUAAGAUAAGGCUAAAUAUCGCGGGAAUUAUGUUUGCUCAAGAUCCGUGGGGCCUGUCGUACAUUAAAAACUACAUUGAAGGGAACCGGGUCAAUGAUUACAUUUCAAAAAUCGAAUCCAAGGGACGUUGGUUAUACAGAAUGAAUUCGGUGAUUCCGAUUGACAGUUAUGACGUCGCUGUAACAAUGAUGACACAUAAGAUGUGCGAUUAUCAAGAAUGUGCAAUUUUGGGCGUCAGUCCAGUUGGAUCAGCUUGUCACGUGGAUCAUGCUCAUCAAACAAUGCACAAAAUUUUAAUUGUUCGUGACACUGGGGCUUAUGAAGGAAUUUCAUCUACCGUCCAUGAAUUAGGCCAUGCAUUUGGUAUGAACCAUGAUGGCCAAAUAAACAGAGGAUGUCCGAGCCAAAAUGGCUUCAUAAUGGCGCCCAGUGAUGUACACACUCUUCAACAAUUUGACUGGUCUUUAUGCUCGUUAAUUGAUCUUCAAAACUUUGUCAAAAUGAAUCCCAAAUGUAUGUUGAACAAACCUCACCAAGGAAAACAGCUGCAAAGAUUUUUACCGGGAAAACUAAUGGAUGCAAACAAGCAAUGCCAAAUGUUGAAUGCACUCAGAGCUUUUGUAAUCAAUGACAGUAUUUGUUUGCGCUUGCAAUGUGUUUUUGGAAUAAAUGCUUUGUUCUCGGAUUACUUGAUAAAGUCGCUACUUCCUCAAAUGUACGAAAACACUUUGUAUGCCACUACAAUUGCUGUUAACAAUCAUUCUCUUGGACAAAGUCUGGCAUCAAAAAUUUCAAGAUCAAAAAAUCUGUAUCCGAAUGUCAUAUACCCCGAAAUCUUGAUUAUAGCCGACUACAACUUUUUGAAAAAGUUUGAGAAAAUCGAAGAUGCUGUAAUGUAUCUUCUGACCUUUUGGAACGGUGUUGAUAUGAGGUAUAGAAGUUUAGAACAUCCAAAAGUUAGGUUAAACAUUGCUGGUAUUGUGGUUGCUCAGGAUCCAUUUGUUCUCCGAUGCAUGAAUAUAGUUAACGAAAAACUGAUGGGAUCUUCAAACAUUCUGAGUGCAAUGGGCAAGUGGUUGUACUUCAUGUACAAGUGGAUUCCAAUCACGAGUUAUGAUAUUGCAGUGACUAUGAGUCCAUUUGAGUUAUGUGAGUACGAAUCCUUGUGUGGUAUUCUUGGACAAGUUGCAGAAGUAGGAGCCGCUUGUCAUGUCUCAAAGAAGCAUCAGACAACAAAGAAAGUAGCAAUUAUUCGUGACAGGGCCGCUUUUGAUGGUGUAAAUACUGCAGCUCACGAAUUGGGGCACAUGUUUGGAAUGAUGCAUGAUGGUCAAUUCAACAGAAAGUGCAGUGAAAAGCAUGGUUUUAUCAUGUCACCGACGAAUCAACAUUCAAAGUACUCAUUUGAAUGGUCAAAGUGUUCUCUCACUGAUAUGCAGCGUUUCUUAACAAACUCAAGAGCAUCUUGUUUGGAGAACAAGCCCAAUCAGGGCAAAGCAAUAGAGCGAUAUUUACCAGGAAAAUUAAUGGACGCAGAUCAACAAUGCAAAUUUAUGAAAGCUGCAUGGUUGAAUCCUAUGGACGGAAUAUUAGCAGGCGACAAGACACCAGUUCACUUCUUGGCAGAAAAUCCUCAGAAUAGAUACUAUCCUAAAGUUCUUACAGCUAGAGAUGUAAGCUUUUUCAUGAAAUUCGUGUCUGUUAAUAAUCGAAAAAUUAAUUCUAACAUGCUUAAACAAAUAUUACCCAAAUUGUACGAGAAUCAUUUACACGCCACUACACUAGCAGUCAAUCGUCAUAGCAAUGGAAAACGGAAAGCCUUUACAAAUUCAAGUAGAUCUCGUAGAUCAAGUGAAAAUGAUGAAGUUAGGAUAUAUCCAGAAAUAAUCUAUCCCGAAAUUUUUGUAAUUGUCGACUACCCGUUAUUGAACCAAUUUAAAUCCCAAUGGAUAGAGUUGUUAGUUUAUAUUUUGACUUUCUGGAACGGAGUUGACCUGAGAUACAGAGAUAUUGUUCAUCCGAGAGUAAGAUUUAACAUCCAUAGCAUUGCUAUUUGUGUGAAACCAAAUGUACUUCCAUAUUUACAAGCGUAUGGAAAUGGACAAGGAGUAGAUGUUAAUCGUUCCUUAAAUGCUAAAGCUGAUUGGCUAAAACGUAUGACAAACGCUGAUGGUUGUAAUGUCUUAGGAGUAGCGAAUUUGAAAGGAGCUUGCACUAAUGAUAAUGUUGCUUUAGUGAAAGAUACAGGCGGUUUCGGUGGUAUAAUGACAACUGCUCAUGAAUUGGGACAUGCCUUUGGUAUGAAACAUGACGAUCAAGCCGAGAGAAAUUGUAAUGAUAAAGUGGGCAAUGUUAUGGCUCCGGUUAAGACUAAUACACCCAAUUCGUAUGUAUGGUCCUACUGUUCUCUGAGGGAUUUUCAAGACUUUAUAGUACAACACGGAGAUUGUUUGGAUAAUCCACCUGCUCAGCAGAAACCCUUAUAUAAAUUCAUGCCGGGAAUGUUGAUGGAUGCUAAUAAACAAUGCGAAAUGCUACUUGGACGUGGGGUAAAGGCUUAUCGGAUAGAUGAUAGCAUUUGUACUCAACUACAAUGUACGGCGAGAACCAACUAUCCGUUACCGGAAGCUGCUGACGGAACGACCUGCGGUCGAGGAAAAAUGUGCCUUCAUGGAUUAACAAUCUAUCCAGAAAUUCUUCUGAUUGUUCCUCUGACAUUAUCUCAAAAAAUUGGUAACGGUGAUGCAAAUAUACUUGCAUAUCUUUUGUCAUAUUGGAACGGAGUUGAUAUGAGAUACAGAAGUUUAGAGAAUCCAAGAAUUAGAUUGAACAUCGCUGCAAUCGUUUUUGCUGAGGAUCACUACGUUCUUCCAUACAUGACAACAGAGAAUUAUGUAAUGCAGGAUUCUGUUGGCAAACUUGAAAGGAAACGAAUCUGGCUGAAUGAGCUUCAUCGAUACUUCGCUCUUAAUUACGAUUUAGCUGUCACUAUGUUACCAUAUGUCAUGUGCGGUGACAAUGGAUGCGGAACAUUUGGACUAGCUUAUCCCGGAGGAGCUUGUUCGGUGUAUAAUAAAGUAGCUUUUGUGACAGACCGAGGCGCUUACGAUGGUAUUCAAUCAACCGCUCAUGAAUUAGGACACUUAUUCGGUAUGGUUCAUGAUGGCGAACAAAACAAAUGUCAAGAUAGCGAUGGAUACAUAAUGACCAGAUGGGAUAAAUAUUCAUCACAUUCAUUUGAUUGGUCACCGUGUUCCUUACAAAAAAUGGAUACAUUUUUAAAGAGUAAAGGCAGUUGGUGCUUAAAAAAUCAUCCUAAUCAAGGUAGAAAAAUACCUCGGUACUUGCCAGGAAAGCGGAUGGAUGCUAAUCAACAAUGUAAACAGUUGGUCAACGGUGUAGCGACUUAUAUUGGAGACUCUAUUUGCACUCAACUCAAAUGUUUGAUACAAUACAAUUUUGCUUUGCCUGAAGCUGCUGAAGGCACUGUUUGUGGAUACCGAAAAUUAUGUCUUCACGGAAAAUUUCCAGAAGUAAUCUACCCUGAAAUUCUCGUGAUCGUAGAAAAUAGCUUAAUGAGACUAAUGGGUGAAACUCCAGAUCAGCAGUUGCUGUAUGUUUUGGCAUUCUGGAACGGAGUUGACAUGAGAUACAGAACUCUAGCGAAUCCACGAGUCAGGCUGAACAUUGCUCAUAUCAUUUUCGCUGAGGAUAACGACGUUCUUACUUAUCUAAACCCACAAAACAGUCGCUAUUUUGUGCUAAACAACGACAAUGCCAUUGCCAAUCAGGGAAGGUGGUUGUACCAAAUUCAACGACAAGUUCCUCUUGCUUCUUACGAUCUUGCUAUAACCAUGCUUCCACACUUGAUGUGCGCGAAUAAUCCAAAUUCAUGUAAUACUCUUGGAUUCGCAGCUAUCUCUGGAGCUUGCUCUACAGAUUAUCAACACGGAAUUACAUAUAAGGUCGGUUAUGUCCUCGACAGAGGUGGUUACGACGGAAUCCAAACAGCUGCGCAUGAAUUGGGACAUUUAUUCGGUAUUCAGCACGAUGGCGAAAGAAACGGAUGUCAUGAUCAACAUGGCUACAUAAUGACUACAUUCGACAAAUUCACGCCUCAAGCAUUUGAUUGGUCACCAUGUUCGCUACAAUACAUGGAUCAAUACCUUAAGAGCGGAAAAGGAUGGUGUUUAUACAAUUAUCCAUUUUAUGACAAACCUUUCCAAAGAUAUUUACCAGGAAAACUAAUGGAUGCUAAUAGGCAAUGUAGGAUUUUGAGAAAAGGAUAUGCGACGGUUAUAGAUGACUCCAUUUGCACUCAAUUGAAGUGUAACGGUAUUCACACUGAUGUUCGUUUGCCUGAAGCUGCAGAAGGUACUCCUUGUGGUCAGGGACGAUUGUGCCUUCACGGAAGAUGUGAUUAUGAAAACGGUGUUAUAAUAGCUUCCGAGACAAUUAAGAUAAGUUAUUCUUCAGUUGAACGUGAGUGUGCUAUUAAUCUACUAAACUGUAUUUAUAAUGCUCGAAGAACUAUUGAUUUAACAGUUUCCUUCUACCGUUGUGACGAUAACUCUGAAAGUCUUGUGAUUUGCUAA